AUGAGAGAACAUGAAGGCUUACUAAAUGAAGAGGAAUUAAAAAGAAUUGAACUACAAGCUAAAUCUAAGAAUACAGACGCUUAUCUACAGCAUUAUAACCGACUCACUAUAAGCAAACGGAAGCGCAUCACAAAUAUUCUACAAAAUUUCUUCAACGAUUCUUUUAUAAACGUUUUAGAAGAUUAUCGGAAGAAAAAUGAGAGCUAUUUAAAAUCUUACAAGAAAUUCGAUGUUUUUAAUAACUUAUCUCCAUAUUUAUUGGUUCCAAUUAUUAUAAAACCUGAUGGAAUCUUUUUGAAAAUCUGGGCAGUCCUUCGCGUUUGCACUGCUUACUUAUUGAGUCUUCUAAUUCCUAGAACAUUUGCAGCAGAUAUUCUCACUUGUUUCCCUUGGUACGCGUUGUGGAAACUAUUUGUACCUAGACACGAUGAAAACCAUAGCGAAGAAGACCAUAUGAUAAGCUAUCACAUGUACCAUUGCAUUAUUCGGAUGGCGAAUGUUUCACAAAUCUACAAACUAUACGCUGCAUUUUGGGCGGAAUCUAUAGGCGCAUUAAAACGGGCAUAUCUCAUGAGUGUUGUACAAUUUCUUCUACUUACCUUAUUUUUUUUAAAUCUUUAUACUUCGAUUUUAAUAACCAUGUCAUGCAGAUAUAUAGUAGCUUAUGAUAAUGACGACUUUGUUAGAAAACUUAAGACUUUGUCAUUACAUGGACCAUAUAUGGAAACUACUUUUAAUCCUGAAGGGAAUAUGGUGUGUAAACUGGGUUCUUGGAUAGACAGUGGGAAAAUUUUCAAAGAGGCAUCUUUAACUCCGACAAAGGUGUAUUUGCUUGCUUAUUAUUGGGCAGCUACAAGCUUCACUGGCGCUGGCUUCGGUGAUAUCACGGCUCAGGACACCGCCCACAUGAUACUCUCAAUUUGCAUCAACAUACAUGGAGUUUUGUUUUUCGGGUGGGUUGUUUUAUUCGUCAUAGUUUCUUGCCCUAUCCAAAUAAGGUAUGUCUACGCCCGCAUAGCGUCUUUGAAAGCAAUGGCCGAUCAAGUAGUCACAACGUUCCAAGAAAAUUUAAAACAUUUACAAUUAUUUUUAAAUAGAGAGAGAGUACCUUAUCUUUUAAAAAAGACGGUUAUUGACUAUUGGAAAUAUCAAUGGAAAAGAACAGGUGGAUGGUCGCAUCAAAAAAUUUUGGGUAAACUACAUGCCAACUUAAACGAAGACGCCGUAUUAUAUAUGUACGAAAAAACUCUGCGGGAAAUACCGUUAUUUGAAGACGUCGAGUAUUCUUUCUUUAGAGCUUUUGCGAAAAAACUUAAAGAGCGAUAUUUCCAAAAAGGUUAUAUGAUCAUGAGAUCUAAUGAGGUCUUAAGCAACAUGUAUAUAAUUUAUCGCGGUAAAGUGGACGUUAUAACCAAUAUUAACGAAGUGGAGGCUUGCAUGGGACCAGGGGGGAUAUUUGGAAACAUUCGUGGUGCGGUCAAGUAUUUAUCAAUUUCUAAUAUUGUGGCUUCUAGGAAUAUUGAUUUGUUGUACAUAGGAGGUUCGGAGUUUUAUGCACUUUUGAAAUCAGAGGUUUAUCCUCUCACAUAUGAGGCAGAUGAAGACGAUGAUGACGAUGAAAUUGAUCCAAAUAUUUUCCUAGACAGCCCUGAUAGGAGUAUUCCCGAGUCACAUGGAUCAAGAUCCAUCGCUUCUGGAGGGAGCGCCGAUUAUAUAUCAGCUGUUUGGUUAAUAUUUAGUCCACACAGAUGGUUUCGUAGCAGCGUAAUACCAGAUUGUAAAUGGGUCACAUUUAUUGGCCUGUUAAUAUCUGAAAUGUCCGCUAUGAUAACUGCACACUCGUCUUCGCGCAUUGAAUAUGAUUACGGUAUUAACGAAUUAAGAGAUGGACUUCGCGACACAGACUUAAGUGACCAUCAAAUGAACAAAAUGUGGGACUACGUUCGUGAAUUAUGGAAUAGACAACAGGGAAAACAGGUCGAGGUGUUAACAGUGCAUCAAAAUUUGACAGAAUCUAUUUACGAUAUCUUGGGACCUGAGGAUAGUUUUGGGGUGGCGCAGGGACUUUUUGUAGGAGUCACACACCACUUCUCGUUCCGAGCGCGCACAGUUGUCGACGUGGUAUACUUGAUACUAGAUGAAUGGAAAUAUUUACUUGACUUUUACCCACAGUCUGCUAAACUUGUUCGAAGAAAAGUAGAAAAUGUUUAUUUAGCUAUA